AUGAGUAAUAAAGUAAAUAUAAUAUCACCAAGUGAUGUUGGUUUUAAACUAUUUAAAGAUGUGUUUACAGGUAUAGAAUGGAAUGAUAAUGUCAAUAGCAAUGUUUAUCAUAUCGAUACAAAGUACUAUAGUUGUGAUGUAAAUUUAAAGACAAUCGAGAUUUCAGAUGGUUCAUUGUCCAACUCUGUUAAGGAACCAUGUCAUUUAAUUGUUUUACUAUUUGAUCAAUCAAAUGAGAAAUCAUUCAAAGCAAUUCAGAGUAUUGUAACAAAGAUUGUUGAGCAAUCAGAUGGUAAUGAAUCUAUCAUUUUAAUGGAGGUUUCAAAUGCAACUGAAGACUCAUCAUCAAUCAAAGUUGACAAUAACACCAUUGAAGAAUGGUGUAUCGAGAAUGCAAUCGAAUUACUCUUUUUAAAUCAAAUUAAACAUAGAGCAUAUGAAUCACAAAAAGAUAAUGAUGAAGAUCAAAGAAUAAAAUAUGGAAUCGAUAGAUUUAAAGAGAUUUUAGAAACAACCAUGUGGGAUCAAAUGGAAUAUAAAACAAGUAAUAGACCUACAGGUUCUUUAAAUGAUGACGAUGAAGAUGAGGAAAAUCAAGAUGAAGACGAGGAGGAUCAAUUGGAAAAAGAUAUAAAGACAAUCAAUAAUUUAGCAUCAACUGUAGCAGCUACACAUAUUAGCAAAGAUGAACAGGAAUAUUCAAAGUUUUUAAAUGAAUCACUAAAGUCGAUCGAGCAUUUCUUUGGCAAAGGAAUUGCAGUACCACCAACUACAACAUCGACAACUGAUGCUGUAGAGGAAGAAGAUAUGAAGAAAUUGAAUGAUGAAUUCGAUCAGGUUGCUUUGUUUGAGAGUACAUUACUUCAACUAAAGAAUGUCAGAGAGCAAAUGAAGAAUCUACCUGAUGAUAAGAGACGUGAUAUGGCUGCACAAGUAGCAAUGAUGUUUGCAUCAAAACUUGGUGGAGAAGACGGUGAUGAAGAUGAAGAUUUCGAUCCAACUGAUUUAGAUUAA